GGAUCAGAUCUCCUGUCUCCUGUAUCUUUUUCUCCAGCGACUCGCUUGGUGCAUGCACGUAGUGGGCAAUCUGGCAAGGUUUGUGGAAUAUUACUGAAGUCAACAAUCAAGCCGGGCUUUCUGAUAAAGACGGUGAAUUAUCACGGGUUGAUUUCAGCAUCCAGAGUUCAAACUGCAACGGGUUGUCCAUCUUUCAUAACAGAUUUUACCAGCCCUGCCCGUGAUAAAUAAGCAGAAAGAAAGCCGUCUGCCAGAGAUUUGACAGCUAUGCCUUCGGCCGCCAGCUUUUCAAUCAGACAUUUGGUAGUUAGACACAUGAAGGAGUGGAGCGUGGCCAGAACUGCAAAAUCGACAUCAGCCUGACUUUCGUCAACAACCAUAAACCGGGCGCAAGGCACGCCGGGACAGCACGUAGCCCAAACGCCGUCACCAAGGCAACCGGCCGCCGCGCCGUCGUUAUGGAGACCGGCGGGCGCCUCAGGAAGCCAAGCCGAGAGGCCGCCACGGCCCGCACAUAGGCAGAAUGCUUCGUGGGGGCUGUAAGGGCUCUGAAAGGCGAAGACAUGUGAGCGACCGUCUCAGUUGGCAGCAAGACCAGGCGCUGAGCAGCAGCAUCUACCUCCUAAGAGAGAUGGGCCCCACCGGCUUCCUGCUGAGGGAGGAGGAGCCGGAGAACAGGGAUUUUCGUGUUUUCCUAGGAAAUCCUCAUUCCUGUAACUGUUUCAUAUUUCUGAAAGGAGGGGAUCUUUGUAAGCAUAUCUGUUGGAUCUUGUUGAAAAAAUUCAAGCUUCCAAGGAAUCAUGAAUAUGCUUUCCAGUUGGGUCUCUUGGAAGGAGAAAUCAGUGAUUUGCUGCGAGGGAUACAUCGAGUUCCAACUCCUCAACAAGGAAGAAAUGAUGAAAAUUCACAAAUUGAAAAAGAUGGGUGCAUUAAACAGAAGGAAAUAGAUUCGGAGGAUAUCUGCUCUAUUUGUCAAGAAGUGCUUUUAGAAAAAAAGCUUCCUAUCACCUUUUGCAGAUAUGGCUGUGGAAAUAGUAUUCAUAUCAAAUGCAUGAAGAUCUUGGCUAAUUAUCAGGAAAUGACAAUGAACACUUCCAUGUUGAAAUGUCCUCUGUGCAGGAAAGAGUUUGCACCACUGAAACUUAUUUUAGAGGAAUUCAAAAACUCUGGCAAACUUGUUACUGCAGCUGAGAAAGAACGACUAGACAAACACCUUGGAAUUCCCUGUAAUAACUGUAAACAAUUUCCAAUUGAAGGAAAAUGUUAUAAGUGUACUGAAUGUAUCGAAUUUCACUUAUGCCAGGAAUGUUUUGGUAGAUGCUGCCAUCUUCCCCAUAUAUUUGCAUUUCGUGAGAAGAGAAACCAAAGAUGGAGAUUGCUAGAAAAAAGAUCCGAUGAAAUUGUAAACGAUACAGAUAUUAAAAAUGAGGUGGAAAAAAUGAUGCCACCUUUUCAAGAAAAGCAAGGCCAGGUUUACACACCGAAAUGUGUUGUAAAGUCACUGCCUCUCUUACUAAUUACGAGGAAUAGUAAGCUGCUUGCUCCAGGCUUCCAGUGUCGACUUUGUUUGAAGGCAUUUCGUCUUGGUCAACAUACAAGAUUGCUACCAUGUUCUCACAAGUUUCAUAGGAAAUGUAUUGACAGUUGGCUACUCCACAAGUGCAAUUCAUGCCCUGUCGAUGGGCAAGUUAUAUAUAACCCCUUAAUCUGGAAAGAUUCAGCAAUAAGUGGACAAGCACAUCAGUCUGAUUCAAACGCAGACAUCAUUCAUCCAUCAAAGCAGGAAGAACCAGAACUUUUUAUUCCUGGUACUGGAUUAGUCUUAAAACAAAAUAGAUUUGGAAUUUUACCUAGCAUACCUCAAAGUAAUUCUGAAAAGUUGAAUACAACACAAAGUCCUACAGAUGCAUAUCAGAAUAUAGCAAUAGAUAAUCUGCAUUCUAUCAAAUUAGAUGAUUCAAAUUCAAGGAAGUUAAUCUUUGAAUAUACAAUUAGCCAACAUUUCCCCAGGUAUCUUCAAGAUUUACCCACUGGAUCAUUUGGAAAAAUGACAUCUCAAACAUCUCUUCCUUCUAUUGCUCACGAGAAGAUUAUAUAUUCUACUAGAAUGGAAAGUUCAUAUAUCAGUGAAAAAUAUCACACUGGUCAAAGUCAGAAGAUGACCAAAGACUGUAAACUUAUUAACCACAGUCCAAAGAAGACUCUUGGUAUUAAAACAAAAGAGAACAUUAGGAGAUCAAAUACUUUAUUCCCAGAGGAUUUAAAUCUUAUUGUCAAUGGGGAUACAACUAAACUUAGUUUGUCAAAAAGAUACAAUAAUUGUAUGGGGAAAAUGAGACAAAAAUCUAGUUAUCUAUCUAGAAGACUUGUAUCUCACUCCUUAAAUACAAAAAGUACUGAACUAUCUUUAAUAAUGGAAGGAGUUCAGUUGUGAAAAAGUGUUUCGAUUAACAUCAGAAAUAUUUGAAUC